CCAGGUAUGUGGCAACAGAUAGAGCCAUGUGCAGCUGUGUGAUAGUGGGAGUAACGGUGGGAAUUCAAGGAACUCCCUUCUCGUUCCCAUGACUGAUAAAUGAAUGUGCCUGUUCGUACAGCUUGGUGUAUAGGUGACCAUGAGGCAGCCACAGUGGCUGCUUAUUGCAGUUGUGGAAUGCCUAUUCCUGUGUAUAUCUGGGCAUUGUGCUUACCAUAAUCGCAAGUAUAUCACUCGAAAUAUAAUAUCUAUGCAUGCUGGCAAUGUGACUGAAUUAGUGCAUCGCUGCUCAUCCACCAAAUGUUGUGCGAGUUAUUUUCGGCUCGUCGGCAACCAGGCAGAGGUGAUGCUUGAGGCUUGUCCUUUGGAUGAAAAUUGUCAGAAAUCCUUCUGUAAGCCUAACCGAGAUGAUGGCAGAUGGCAUGAGCUGGUCAUCAAGUGUGGGUGCAAAGAGGGCAGGUGCAACAAAAGCAGCACUUGGAGGUAGGACUGGCCAAUAAUUCAAUGUUAUAAUUUAUUGUCUUUGAAUGGUAUUGUAUCGUCAAUUAAUCAAGAUAUUGACUUAUUGUGAUACGCGUUUUUAUAGUCUUAGUUCAUUAUAGGAAGACAUGCCCUUAAAUUGCUUUGGAAAACUAGAUUCAGACUGAUACCCCUUAAAAUGUCCAAAUACAUCAAUGUCAGGUCAGUUAGACUGUUAACAAUUUUAUUUUGAAUGUGUAAGCAUAUCGUGAUUUUCAUCAAUAUAGUGUAUAUUCACCUUGAUUUUUGUGAUAAUACAUUUUUCAAUAUCACCCAGCCCUACGUUGAGUCCACAGCAAAACCAGCUGCAACCCUCCUUUCAUACUGUAGGUAGGAACUUAGCAUUUAUCAAGUCAUAAGCAACCAACCUCUUUUACUGUAGGUAGGAACUUAGCAUUUAUCAAGUCAUAAGAAACCCACGUCUUCUACAGUAUAGGAGCUAAGCAUUUAUCAAGUCACCUGCAACCCACCUCUUCUACUGUAGGUAGGAUCUAAGCAUUUAUCAAGUCACCUGCCACCCACCUUUCUUAUUGUUUGUAGGAACUAAACAUUUAUCAAGUCAUAUGCAGCACCUCUUCUACUGUAGGUAGGAACUAUGAAUUGAACAAGUCACCUGCAAACCACCUUUCAUAUUAUAGGUACGAACAAAGCAACGUGAUCUAAUAUAUAAAGUAACAAGUUAUGACUUGAGAUAUGGAUCUCACAAAAUAUUAUUCAUUGUUCAUCCUAUGAGUCCCUCUGGAAUCUUGCUCACAAUCUUUUCCAUGGGACUUCCUAAACCACUGUCCCAGCCCUGAAGCACUAAGUUUAGAAAUGAUAAAGUGAGCUUACCUCCCAUUUUCAUUGCUGUUGGAACUGUUCUGUUCGUGUUCAUCAUGCUCAUUGCUGUUGGACACCUGUGGAGACACCUGUUGAAGGAGCAUGAGGAGGAGAAUCUGUCCUGUGUCCAUGGCGAGGCAGUCUUACCAUUGUGUUCCUGCCGAACAGCUACACCGCGCCCUAUUAACAGUGCUGACCUGGAAAUACAACAAGCUAUUGGCCGGGGUCACUUUGCAAAAGUAUGGCAGGGGAAAUACCAGGGCUCUGUGGUGGCUGUCAAAGUGUUUCAUGCAGGCUGCAAGCGAGAGUUCUCCUCAGAGAGAGACAUCUAUGAACUGCCACUGAUGGAACACUCAGGGAUCGCCCGCUUCUUCGGAGCCGGGAAGAGCCUAGACGGUGGCAGUUGGCUCUUAGUUCUGGAACUAGCGACAUGUGGUUCCCUCCACCACUUAUUGUGUGAUAAGCGUGGCAGCUGGAUGGCAUCCAUGAAGCUGUCUCAGUCUCUAUCCCAGGGGCUGGCAUACCUCCACUCUGACCUCCACAGACAAGGUACGCACAAACCUGUAGUGUCCCACGGAGACCUCAGCAGUGGCAACGUGCUUGUAAGAGCAGAUGGGACGUGUGCCCUGAGCGACUUCGGAUGCUCCACCAUCCUGCGUUCCUGUUCGGGACGUCCAGGCUGGGACUCUCUUAAGAUCAUAGCGGAUUGCGGGCAGGUUGGCUCCCUGCGCUACAUGUCCCCUGAGAUCCUGGAGGGCUGCGUGGAUCAAGGCUGGUCUCUGGUGCAAGCCGACGUCUACUCCCUGGGACUGCUGCUCUGGGAGAUCUGGAUGCGCUGCUCGGACCUCUUUGAAGAUGGCAUGGUGCAUAAGCACACCCUGCCGUAUGAAACCGAGCUGGGAUCCAGCGUGACUCUGGAAAGACUCCUGUUCUAUGUGUCUCAGAUGAACAAGAGGCCUUCCAUACCCAAACGAUGGGAACGGGAAACUCAGGGAGCGUUACUCCAGGAACUGGUGACGGACUGCUGGGACCAUGAACCGGAUGCUCGGCUAACAGCUCAGUGUGUUGUCGGCAGAUUGCACGCCCUUCAAACUAUUCACUCGGUGUGAUUUGUAAUGGCGUAUUCUUUUUGAUUUUAAAAUUAUUAUUUUUGUCAUCCGAAAACACCUUUAACGACUUAUCUGUUUUGACUUGUUAUAAUAGAAAUUAUUUCGAACUGUACACUUUUUUUGUUGUUUCGACAUUUAAGUCCUACAUUUUCUUCACAACUUUUCGGUCUGCUCCAUUGGAUCGAUUAUACUUACUACUACUCUUUUUCAUAUCACAUAGGUAUAAUACUAGUAUACAUUUUGUUGAUACAAUGUCACUGCACUGAUUGAAUCAUUAAAUUACCUGAAGAUUAUGAAGGCUACUAAUUAUUUUUUACGUGAGCAAUGACCCUCCCAUGCUGUCCGUCGAACAAUGUUCCUUUCGUCCCUCAGGUGUGUUCGUCACGUUGUAAAACAUUCCUGCCUCACUCCCU